AUGGUUGAGCUGCCGUCUCCAGGACCAUCCGGAGAUGAUGAGAUUGUUAAUAAUGCAAACCAAUUAGGAAUUUCACUCGGUAGUAAUGAUAGUGAAAUUUCAAAUUCCAUUAAUGAUAUCCUGGAUUUAGAGGCAGAGCGGGCUUUAGAGAUGAUUCGUAACUUAGCAGCGGUUAAACCCAUGAGUGAUUCCGAUAUUGAUGCUUUAGGGGUCAGAGUGCUUGAUAGUUUUUGUGCGGAUCUUGCUACUGCCCUCCCUGAGCCUGAGGAGGAGGAUGAGAGUUUUGAGAAUGUUGUAGUAAGACCUCCUGAGCCUGGUUGUGAGGACCGGUUGGAGAGUGAGGCCAUUCCUAAAUGCAAAUGGAAGCGAAAGAUCUACCCAACGUCCACAGGUUUGUGCCUUGUUCGGGAAGACGAGACGGCGUUCUCCCACUUUGGUGAUGCGUCUAACACAAGUGUAUGGAGGUCGGAUCGCCCAAACAAACACGACCCAGCGAAGCCCACCCAGAACACAAAAGUUGCCUCACUCAACUCUCACUCCCAAACCGAAGCCCAAGCCCUGACCGAACCCACCCAACCAAAGCCGCGAGCAAACCCUCACGCCGGCCGCGGCCGCCCCCGACCGACGACGAUGCCCGGCGACGCCUCCUCGCCCACCUCCACGGCCGCCGCGGCGCUGGCGCAGGCGGAGGCCGACCUCUCCGCGGGCCGCCUCCGCGCCGCGCAGAGGAACGCCCGCCGCGCCGCCCGCCUCGACCCGGACUCCGCGGCCGCCUCCGUCCUCCUCGCCGCCACCUCCGUCCUCCUCGCCGACGCCGGCUCCCCCCGCGCCACGCUCCUCCUCCCCGAGGACCCCAAGUCCUCCCUCGCCAGCGACCCGGACUCCAUCCGGCGCCACUACAAGUCCCUCGCCAGAUCCCUCCGCCCCGGCGACGGCGCGUCCUCCUACCCCGCCGCCGCCGCCGCGGCGCAGGAGGCGCUCCGCCGCGCGGCCGACGCGUACGCCGCGCUCAAGGAGGAGCGGGAGGCGCCGCCCCCGCCGCCCACCUUCUGGACGGCCUGCGCCGGCUGCCGCCUCCUCCACGAGUUCGACCGCCAGUACGUGGGCUUCCGCCUCACCUGCCCCUCCUGCCGCCGGUCGUUCCUCGCCGCCGAGGUGCCCCCUCCUCCGCCGCCCAAGAAGCACAAGCCGGAGAAGACGCUCGCGGAGAUGCAGCUCCAGCUCGCCAAGAGAAGAGGGAAAGACCAGACGGCCGCACAGAGCUCAUCCAGUGACGAAUAUGACGAGCCGGCGGAACCCGAUGUGCCGGAGGAGGUGCUGGAUAGCGAGCACUCAGGGCAGAUGGCUGUGGAGGACUCAGACUUCUACAACUUCGACGCUGACCGCAUGGAGAAGUGCUUCAAGAGAGGCCAGGUGUGGGCAUUGUAUGGGGACGACGAUGGCAUGCCGCGGCACUAUGCGCAGUUGGAGACGGCAUCGCCGGGCAGGCAGUUCCGUGCCCAGAUACGGUGGCUGGAGCACCAGCCUGACGGGAAGGAGGGGAAGCCAUGUGGGGCGUUCAAGGUUGGCAGAGAAGUGACCGUGCACUCGGUGAACGUCUUCUCGCAUCUUGUUGCCUGCGAGAGGGUGGCGAGGGAGGCGUACCGCGUUUACCCCAAAAAGGGGUCAGUCUGGGCGCUCCAUGCCGGAGAGUACGCCGACACCGGGAGGCCCAGGUAUGACUUUGUGGUGUUCCUCAGCGGGUACAGUGAGGUCCACGGCAUCAGCUUCGGCUACCUGGAGAAGAUUGAGGGUUUCAGGAGCAUCUUCACCCGCAGCGACAUUGGUGUUCGUGCAGUUCAGUACCUCCGGGAGGGUGAUGUGGGGAUGCUUUCACAUCAGACUCCGGCGAGGAAAGUCUCCAAGGGUGAGGCCUCGACUCUGCCUCCUGGGGAUUGCUGGGAGCUUGACCCUGCAUCCUUGCCUGCUGAAUUGCUGCAUGCCUAGAGGCAGAAGAGGUGGCUUUGGAUUGAUAAUGUUGACAGGCUGUUAGCAGUGUUCAGAUUCCAAGUAGUGUAGAAGUAUGGGAAGAACGUCAUUUCGUUGGUGUCAGAUGCUGUGAUGUUGCUUCUGUUUGCAAAUUCUAGAUGGAUAUUGGCCUUCUUCAAGUAGAGACUUAGAUAUCAUGGAUACUUGUGGCUGUUUCAUUGUUCAGAGCUCAGUGCUCAGUGUUGAGUUCUACUACCCCACAACAUUGCAAUGUGUGAAAUGGAUUAUCUUUAUA